UUUUGCGGUUCAAUUAAGCGAAUAUAUGACAUCAUGGAUCAGUGGAUAAUAGCGGUGUCAUUGUUUACCAUACUGCUCGUUUUGUUCUAUAAGUGGUCGGUGGCUAAAUAUGAAGUAUUCAGUGAAAGGGGCGUGGCACAUGAAAAGCCCUGGCCCCUAAUCGGCAAUAUACCCAUUAAAGGCUUCUUCGGUCGAAUUCCGGUGCUUAAAUAUAUGAUCGAAAUGAAUUUAAAGUAUUCACCUGGAUCACCGGUUUAUGGGAUCUACGCGUUGAGAGAUCCCGUCUUUUUCAUUCGAGACCCAGAGCUCAUCAAACUAAUUGGCAUCAAGGAAUUUGACCACUUUGUUAACCACAAUAGCAUGCAGAAUAAUAUCCAGGAAUCGGUUCUCUCGAAGAGCCUAAUUUCCCUACAGAAUGGUCGCUGGCGGGAGAUGCGUAACAUCCUGACACCCGCCUUUACGGGCAGCAAAGUGCGGAUAAUGUACGACCUGAUCCAGACCUGCAGCGAGGAGGGGGUGCUGCACAUCAGGGAGCAGAUGGAUGGACAUUCGAAGGACGCGGUGGGCAUCGACCUGGAAAUGAAGGAUUACUUUACGCGUUUCGCCAACGAUGUGAUAGCCACAGUGGCCUUCGGGCUCAGCAUCAACUCGUUCAGGCGCAAAGAUAACGAGUUCUUUCGGAUCGGACAGUCCCUGUCCAAGAUUAGCGCCUGGUCGGUGGUCAAGGCUAUACUCCACGCCCUGUUCCCAAGGCUAAUGAAGCUACUUCGCAUCCAGGUCCUGGACACCACCAACAUUGAUUACUUUAGCAGUUUGGUGAGCGUAACGAUGAGGUAUCGGCAGGAGCACAAAGUGAUAAGGCCGGACAUGAUUCACUUGCUGAUGGAGGCCAAGCAGCAGCGGCUUGCCGAUCUGCAGGAUCAGUCGAAGGAUGCUCGGUAUUAUGCCGAAUUCACCGACGAGGACCUUCUGGCUCAGUGCCUGCUGUUUUUUUUCGCCGGCUUCGAAAUAAUCUCCUCGUCCUUGUGUUUCCUCACCCAUGAGCUUUGCUUGAACCCCGCGGUGCAGGACAGACUGUUCGAGGAGAUUCUAUCCGUACACCAGGAGCUUAAUGGCCAGCCUCUCAACUAUGACAAACUGACCAAGAUGAAGUACCUGGACAUGGUGGUGCUGGAGGGUCUGCGCAAAUGGCCACCAGCUCUGUCCACGGAUCGUGAGUGCUGUUCCGAUAUCGAUUUGUGCGAUGAGAAUGGACAAAAGUUGUUUGCCGCCCGCAAAGGCGAUGUCCUGCAGAUACCCAUUUUUGCGCUGCACCGCGAUCCCGGGAACUUUGAGGAUCCGGAGUCCUUCGAUCCUGAGCGUUUUUCCGAGGAUCGUAGGGUUGAGAGCAGUGUCUUCCUGCCCUUCGGAGUGGGUCCUCGCAAUUGCAUUGGCAAACGAAUGGCCCUCAUGGAGAUCAAGUGCAUUGUCUAUCAAUUGGUGUUAAAUUUCCGAUUAUUGCCGGCCGCAAAGACAACGCGAAACAUGCUGGAAAACAUCAGGGGACAUGGCCUUAAGCCCAAGGAUGGCUUUUGGCUGAAGUUCGAGCCACGUUAGUGAAAUGGCAACUAAACGACUGCGGUUAUUCAAUUAAAGCUCGAAUGCAGCGCA